CUUAUUUAAUUCUUUUGGGUCCCCACCCGAAUUCUGAGACGAAGGGGGAAAAGCCUAGAUAUAGACUGUAAUGUAGCCCAUCCAGCCAAUCACACCGAGCCCACAUGGCCUUAACAGCUCAGACCAAACAACACAAUAAAAGAUAGAAAGUCUACCCCAAAACAGCACGGACAUCCCUCCCUACCAUUUGCAGCCGCUCCGAUCUCCACUCCAGCCACCCUCCUCACUCCUCACUCCUCACCUUCAGCCACACGCAUGCCGCAUUGCUGCCGCUGCUGCUGCUGCUAGCUUUAUUCCACCAACAUAUCUAAGCGUUUGAUUUGUAAUAGUUGUGAAGCUGCUGCUUUGCUCUUCUGAACCAUUUCUAACUGAAACGUUAGCUGUUAAAAGUCAGCUCAUCUAAAGACAUCAAACAUAAUUGCUGCAGUUGAUGACACUGUCGGAGUCGAUUCUUCUAAAGAAAAUUGAAAAUUUUGGCUCAUCUGAAGGCAAUUUUGGCAAUGUUAAGUACUUAUUAAUGUCACUAAGGGUGAAGUAUGACGACAAUGAAAUUUCCAAAGCGUUACUUAGUCGUCAUAUUGACCUUCAUCAGCACAUCCGUUUGCUAUAUAGAACGUGUCGGGUUUUCAAUUGCAUACACUGUUGCCGCUGAUGCUGCUGGGGUAAAUCAAUCAAGUAAAGGCACAAUUCUUUCUACAUUCUAUUAUGGCUAUGCUUGUUCACAAGUGCCUGGUGGCUGGGCAGCUCAGAAAAUCGGGGGAAGGAAGGUUCUUCUCCUUUCAUUUGUGUUAUGGUCAUCGACUUGUGCAUUGAUUCCUUUGGACCCCAAUCGAGUCUUUGUCAUGGUGAUUGCUAGAUUGCUUGUUGGUGUUGCACAAGGUUUCAUCUUCCCCUCAAUCCACACAGUUCUAGCACAGUGGGUUCCACCACACGAAAGAUCCAGAUCUGUUUCUCUUACAACUUCUGGUAUGUACCUCGGUGCUGCGGUCUUUCUUGCUGAGGCAGCACUAGGAGCCAUGUGGUCUUUGCUUUGGUUUAAGUAUGCCAGUGACCCACCUCGCUCUGAACAUCCAAAAGCCACAGCUGCUGGUUUCGGGGAAUCAAUGCUGCCAAUCAAAGGAAGUCAAAAGUUGAAACUAGAAAAUGGAGGAAGUUCUGUCAGAACUGCCAAAAUUCCAUGGAAGAAAAUUUUACUCAGUUUGCCAGUCUGGGCAAUUGUGGUUAAUAAUUUCACGUUCCAUUAUGCUUUAUAUGUGUUAAUGAACUGGCUGCCGACAUACUUUGAAUUGGGCCUCCAGCUUAGCCUUCAGGAAAUGGGUUCUUCUAAGAUGUUGCCGUAUCUCAACAUGUUUAUUUUCUCAAAUAUAGGUGGGGUGGUUGCUGAUCACUUGGUCACCAAGAGAAUCUUGUCUGUGACUAGAACCCGGAAGCUUUUGAACACCAUCGGGUUCAUUGUUGCUUCUCUUGCAUUGAUGGCAAUUCCCAUAUUCAGAACAUCUGGUGGGGCUGUUCUCUGCUCUUCUGUGGCUCUCGGUUUCUUGGCACUUGGGAGAGCUGGUUUUGCAGUGAAUCACAUGGAUAUUGCCCCAAGAUACGCAGGCAUUGUGAUGGGAGUUUCUAACACUGCUGGUACGUUAGCUGGCAUUAUUGGAGUUGAUCUGACCGGCAAACUUCUUGAAGCUGCAAGAACUGUUGAUUCGAGUCUUUCAAGUGCAGAGAGCUGGAGAGUGGUGUUUUUCAUUCCGGGUUUGCUUUGCAUUUUUAGUUCUUUAGUAUUUUUACUAUUCUCAACAGGGGAGAGAAUUUUUGACUGAGAUAGGCUUUUGCAUGCGAACCUCUCGAAGCUCCUCAAUCGGUAUUCGGAUUCUUCAUUUAUAA